AACAAAAUUCGCAAGAUGAGCGCAAGGAAGAAAACUUGGGUAAGAUGCGCUUUCAGCGAGAUGAACUUGACAGCCAGCCCGGUUCCAUCAGAAGCCACGCCAGCCAAGCGCACAAGGAGUGCUAGCAAUGUGUCUACCAGAAUUUCGCGGUCUCAAAGCGGGAAUGGCACGACUACUACAAUUGCCAACGUAGAAUCCGUGGAUCUCACGACCGCAGACGAUGACGAGGAUGCGGACAUAACUGGACCACCACCGGAAGUAAAGGAAAACUGGAUGGAGACAUUUGCGCCAGCCACCGUUGAAGAAUUAGCUGUGCAUCCCAAGAAGAUCGGAGAACUUCGCGAUUGGCUUCGUCACUGUGAGGCGGUGCGAAAGAAGUUCCCGGCUCAAAUGUGCCUACUCACUGGACCAACUGGUGCUGGCAAAACCGCCACGUUGCGGGUCCUAGCUAAAGAGUUCGGCUACCAGCUGCAGGAGUGGAUUAAUCCUGUGGAUUGCGAAGUGAUCAACGCUCUGGGUGAUCAGCAGAGUGGGGCUGCCUAUUUGGGCUCUCAUGUAGAGGCCUUCAAGAGCUUCCUGCUACGCGCAUCGCGAUACAAAUCUCUGCUGGACUCUCACAACAAGAGGCUGCUUCUCGUUGAAGACUUUCCCAAUUACCUGAUCAGCGAUAAGGAUGCCAACUUUGAGGAGUUACUGGAUGAAUACUCUACGUAUGGCAAAUGUCCCCUGGUUUUUAUCGUGGCGGAUGCCAAAUCUAGAGGUUUAAACAUUAGCUACCGCCUUUUUCCAGAUCAACUAAAAGCCAAACAUCGCAUAGAGCACAUCAGCUUCAAUGCCAUUGCAUCCACAAUCAUGCAAAAGUCUAUGAAAACCUUCUGUUCUAUAAUGCAGCAGCCGCAAAAUAAAACUACUUACAAGUUCCCCUCGUCCACUGUUGUUGAAUCGAUAGUUGUAGGCGCCCAGGGCGACAUACGAAAUGCCUUGAUCAAUUUACAUCUUAGCUCCUUAAAGGGAGUUCCCAGCAUGCCAACCAAACAGCUAAAUGUCAGUGUAGCCACCAAGGGGCGUAAGAAGAAGAUACAAAACACUCUAAAGUCCAUUGGAAGAGACGAAUCCAUUACUUUGAUGCACGCAUUGGGAAGGGUUCUGAAUCCAAAGUAUAAAGACGACAAAAGUAUGGUUUACAGCCCUGAGGAAUUAACCGAAGCCUUCAAUACAGAGCCCAGAAAUUUCGUAAACUUUAUACACGCCAAUUACCUGCCACAUUUCAAAGACAUUGAAGAAGUCGUGGACGCCAUAAAUGACCUGGGACUUUCCGAUUCUAUGCUCAAUGAGUAUCGUGAUGAUGCUUUGUCCGUAAUGGGUCUAAAUAUUGCUAUCAGGGGAGUUAUGCUGGCAAAUAGUUCCCCUGUCAGCGGUUGGAUGCCAGUUCGAGGACCCAAGCGAAUCAAUAUACAGCCACAGGCCACUCUGGCUGAACAAAGACUGGUCGGUGUUGGUUACGCGGGCAUUUCCAGAACGCUUUAUGCCACUGAAUACUGUUCAUUGGUAAAGUGCAUAGCGGGUAAGCAUUCUGAGACUCAUUCAAACGAAAAUACUAACUCUAUUCAAGUAUAAAAAAUAAGUCUUUUAGAUUAAUUUAUAAAUAAACUAUAAGGCAAUGUAUCUGAUGUUAGAACUAAGAUACAAAUACAGAAAAAAUAAAUUGUAAAA